AUGACCCAAGAAGAAGGAUUAAUCGGAUCUGAACUGGCGAUCGCUGCUGUUGUUAAGCAUCCGGAAUGCUUUGUUACAAAAGCGAGCGUAUUUUUGGAAGCUGGUUUCAACGAAGACUACAGAAUUUUCCGGAGGACAGAAGCGUUGUUAUGCCUUGUGGGUAUGAUGAACAAAGGAGUGCUGCAAAAAGUGCCAGUGGAGAAGUCUGUAAUCAAAGCGCUUGCUAAGGCGUCUUCUGAAUAUCUUCGUUCCUCAAUAUCUGACCACAAGAGGUUUGUUUGUUUGUUUUGUGCAAUUUUUUUAGUUCACCUAUAUUUUUGGAAGCACUAUGCGUACUGA